GUAUAUAGGUAGAGGCAGUCAAGAACUGAAAAAGAUUUUCAUACUGAUUGAUGUGGGGACACCAGCCACAAUGAGGAACUUCUGUACAUUUCUGGCAUCCUCUCUUUCAGUUGUCAUUUUUCUCCUGCUAAUUCCUGAAGAUAACUGUGUAAAAAUUAUUGGUGGACAAGAAGUAAUUCCUCAUUCAAGACCCUAUAUGGUCCUACUUAAGCUUAAUGAACACGACAUCUGUGCUGGCGCUUUGAUUGCCCAAGACUGGGUGUUGACUGCAGCUCACUGUUCCCUGAACGCAAAGUCCCGAAUCAUUCUUGGGGCUCACUCAAGAACCAAGGAGGAGUCAGAAAAACAGAUAAUGUGUUUUAAGAAAGAGUUUCCCUACCCAUGCUAUGACCCAGAAACACAUCAGGGUGAUCUUAAGCUUCUACAGCUGGACAAGAAAGCAAAAAUUAACAAAAAUGUGGCUAUCCUUCCUCUACCUAAAAGGGGGAAUGAUGUGGAUCCAGGAAUUGAGUGUCGAGUUGCAGGGUGGGGCAAGUAUCACAAUAAGUCCCCUCCGUCUGACUCUCUGAGAGAAGUCAACAUCACUAUCAUAGAUAGAAAAACCUGCAAUGAUCGAAAGCACUAUAAUUUUACUCCUGUGAUUGGACUGAAUAUGAUUUGUGCUGGAAGCCCCAGAGGUGGAAGAGACUCAUGUAAUGGCGAUUCUGGAAGCCCUUUGAUAUGUCAGGGUGUUUUCCGUGGUGUCACUGCCUUUGGCCUUCCAGGGAAGUGUGGAGUUCCUCAAUGGCCUGGCGUCUACACUCUUCUCUCAAAAAAGUAUCUCAACUGGAUAAUUAAGACUAUGAAAGGAGCAGUUUAGAUAACUGUAUUCCAUUUCAUUUGCUGUCACUUCUUACUUUUAUUAUAAAUAAAAUAAAUUUGUAUGACUGUA